AUGCUACAUAAUGAAAGGUGGUAUUUUGGAAUCAUCCUUGAUAUGAAAGGAUAUUGUGGUGGCAGUUCGAGUGAAGAAAAUGAACCUUUGACAAACACCGAGAUUGGAUCGGAAUCAGAUAAUACAGAUAAUAGUGAAAAAAAUAAUAAAAAAUCAAGUGACCAUUUAAACAACGGCGAUCCCUACUCGGAUAUAGACUUAAGCGAUACAAACGAUCCCACUUAUACUCAGUGCUGUGAAGUACCAAAAUGCAAAGGAGAAGUGUUCAGUUCCUGUUUCCGUUGUCAAAUCCUUCUCUGCUGGAAUCAUUUCAUGGAGGAUUUGCCUACUUGUGAUAAGCAUCGCAACCAAGAUUCCAGUGAUGAUUCGUUUGUGUCAAAAAGAAGAUAUCGCAAAAAAAAGAAGAUCGAUAAUCGAAAGCCCGAAGAUUACAACGUAGAAGGUGCAUCAAAGGAAUAUGAAAGGGAAGUCUUGACGAGAACAAAUAAAAAGAGAGUUGCUCAAGUUUUACGACGAAGUGGUGCUCAAUAUGUUUCAGUAGACACCAAAAAGACUGUUAGCGGACGUAAACUAGGUUCAUCCUGUAACAGUGAGUGGUGUAAAAAGGGCGGUAGGAAUUGCAAAAAAGACAAUCGUGGUGGUAGAUGUGCUAACGUCGUUCUAAAGGACGAAGCUAAAAGAAAACUAAUCGAAAAUCAUAUUAAUCGUUUUCCGCGAGUAGAGUCGCAUUAUUGUCGCAAAGAUAGCACUCGGGAAUAUCUUCAUAGUGACUUAACUUUAAAAAGGAUGUAUGCAAUGUUUAUUUAUGAAUCGGGUUUCGAUGAAGACAAAUCGUCUUUUACGACAUAUCGCGCAGUUUUUAAGGCUAAGAAUCUAUCUUUCCAUAGGCCCAAAAAAGAUUUAUGUAGUUUAUGCAAAACGUAUCACGAAAGUUCUAAAGAAAAAAAAGUAGAAAUGCAAACGACUUACGAUGAACAUACAAAGUCGAAAAAUGCUAUACGAGAGUAUAAAAGCCUUUGUAAAAUUUCAGCUGAAAGUGAUCCUGAAAAAACGGUGUGCUUAUGUUUUGACCUACAACAAGUAAUACAUUUACCUAUAUCGAACGAAAAUGCGAUUUUUUACAAAAGAAGACUUGCUAUAAUUUAA